CCGUGGCUUCCCGCCCUGCGGAGCCUGCCCCCGUGUCCCCAGGCGCCCCGGCCGCACGGGAGAGCGGCGAGCGGGCCGUGGAGCACGGAGGAGGCGCUUCCUCGGCCGUCAUUUCCGCCGGGUGUUUGAGUGGGGGCGGGCGGCCGCAGCGCUCUCCUCCUCCUCCUCCUCCUCCUCCGCGGCGGCCGGAGACACAGACCCAGCGCGGGGUGAGGGAGGGGAGGCAGCCGAGCCAGCCGCAGCGCCCGCGGGCGGAGCCGCCAGACACCCCCCCCCCCGCCGGAGCGACACCGCACCCUCCCCCCAUCGCCGCGGCCCGGCCAUGGGGAACGCAGCCACCGCCAAGAAGGGCAACGAGAUCGAGAGCGAGACCUUUGUGAAAGAGUUCCUAGCCAAAGCCAAAGAAGAUUUCUUAAGAAAAUGGGAAAGCCCCCCUCAGAAUACUGCUGGCCUAGAUGAUUUUGAGAGACAAAAAACCCUUGGAACAGGAUCAUUUGGGCGAGUUAUGUUGGUGAAAUAUAAAUCAACAGAACAGUAUUAUGCUAUGAAGAUACUGGAUAAACAGAAGGUUGUCAAACUGAAGCAAAUAGAACACACGCUGAAUGAAAAGAGAAUAUUACAGGCAGUGAACUUUCCUUUCCUUGUGAGACUGGAGUAUUCUUUUAAGGACAAUUCUAAUUUAUACAUGAUUAUGGAAUAUGUCCCUGGUGGUGAAAUGUUCUCACAUCUAAGAAGAAUUGGAAGAUUCAGUGAACCACAUGCACGGUUUUAUGCAGCUCAGAUAGUGCUAACAUUUGAGUACCUCCAUUCACUAGACCUCAUCUACCGAGAUCUAAAGCCUGAAAAUCUUUUAAUAGACCAACAAGGAUAUAUCCAGGUCACAGACUUUGGGUUCGCGAAAAGAGUAAAAGGAAGGACUUGGACGUUAUGUGGAACACCAGAAUACUUGGCUCCUGAAAUAAUUCUCAGCAAGGGUUACAACAAAGCAGUGGACUGGUGGGCAUUAGGAGUGUUAAUCUAUGAAAUGGCCGCUGGAUAUCCUCCAUUCUUUGCAGAUCAACCAAUUCAAAUUUAUGAAAAGAUAGUUUCUGGAAAGGUACGGUUCCCAUCACACUUCAGUUCAGACCUGAAGGAUCUACUAAGAAAUUUACUCCAAGUAGACUUGACCAAACGAUAUGGAAAUCUAAAGAAUGGUGUAAAUGACAUAAAGAACCACAAGUGGUUUGCUACAACAGAUUGGAUUGCCAUUUAUCAGAGAAAGGUAGAAGCUCCUUUUAUACCAAAGUGCAGAGGACCUGGAGAUACCAGCAACUUUGAUGACUAUGAAGAAGAAGAUAUUCGUGUGUCUCUAACAGAGAAAUGUGCAAAAGAAUUUGCUGAUUUUUAGUAUGUGUAAGAGGACAAGAUGACAUCAGGACUUACAUUGGGAUCUUUGCACUCUAUUAACUGAUGAGGUGAAGCUGAGACAGUCAUAUGUCAAAACAGUUACCUAGUUACUUCAUUCCACAAAGCUGACUGAGGUCUUUAUUGCCAUCUUCCAUGUGUGCAGUUUGCACCAACCCUUAUAACUAGGCACAAUUAAGCAAGCACUGUUUUGCUGUAUCACAGAAUACUAGACCACUUUCCUACUUAUCUUUGGUUUCUGUCGUUUCAUUUGUUUCUGUAUAAUGUUCGGUUCCCCCUUUUUAAAAUGAAGUAGUUUUUACCCAAGAAUGCUCCAUUUUAUUUUGAAUAAUGUAUUUGUGCGAGUGAAAUGGAAGGUGUUGCGGCUACUGUGAUUUAGACUGAAGUGAAAGAUAAGUGUUGCUUCUAGUCUGUGCCAGCCAAUACUUCUUGUCUGUCUUGUAUCUGAGACUACAGUUGAUUUUAUAUAUAUAUAU